GAAAAACGUAAAAAAGAAGAAGAAAAGCGAAUUAAAAUGGAAGAAAAGCGCAUGAAAGCUGAGAAAGCAGAGAUUACAAGAUUUUUACAGAAACAAAAAACAUCUCAAACUCCUAAGACCUUUGCCCAGUCAUGUGGGAAAUUUGCACCAUUUGAAAUAAAGAAGAACAUGGCCGUUGCACCUUUGUGUCGUAUUGAAAUUGAACAGGAAAGUUUGGAGCGAUUGGAUACGCUUUUAGUAGAGCAAAACACAGAAUCUUUAUUUUUGUUAGAAAUAAAAAUCAGGAAACCACGAAGUAUGGGACGGACUAUGAUGCCUCAACUGCCAAUUGUAACCAGUGAAAAUGAAGAUGUGCAGAUUCUAGAGAAUACAGAUGAAUCCUUACAGGAAAAUGUCAUUGUUGAGAAACACAAUGUGAUGGAGCAUAGAAAUCUUAAAAAAAUGAAAUUGUUGCAGUUCUGUGAGAAUUAUCGUCCUGCUUACUGGGGCACAUGGAACAGAUCAAGCACAAUAAUUAAUCCACGGAAGCCAUGGGCACAAGACACUAAACUGUUGGACUAUGAAGUAGACAGUGAUGAGGAAUGGGAAGAGGAGGAGCCUGGAGAAUCACUGUCACAUAGUGAGGGGGAUGAUGAUGAUGAUGAUACUAAGGAAGAUGAAGAAGAUGAUGAUGGAUUCUUUGUACCUCAUGGUUAUUUAUCAGAGGAUGAAGUUGGAGUUUCUGACGAGGAGUGCAAAAACCCAGAAAAUCAGAAGGUCCGACAAAGACUGAAAGCAAAGGAGUGGGACGAGCUACAGUCUAAAGGAAAGAAAAUUCAUAUUUUAAAGCCAUUAGUGAUUGGAUGUGUUUGGUUUGGCAGUGGUUCAACAGAGAUUCAUUUCCUUCAGAAAUUUGCUGCAUGUAUAAUAGAUCCUGCUGGUGGUGAGGACAACAUGGUCCAGGAACUUAAUUCCAGUAAGAGUUUACAAGACAGAGAAAUACUUAUGCAUCUCCUUCCAUUGCUACACGGAAAUGUUCAUGGAAGCAAAACCAUAAUUAAGGAGUUUCAAGAGUGCUGUCAACGUGCCAUGUUCUCAUUCAGUGAUGCAGGCAACCCAUCAGUUUGUGACUCUGUAAGCCCAAACUCUCGAAAUCAAACCAACAUUAAUAUACCAUCAAAAGCUCGAUUGAAACGCAUCAUCUCUGAGAAUUCUGUGUAUGAGAAGCGUCCAGAUCAUCGUCUGUGUUGGUAUGUGCACUCUGAUGUGUUGAAAAGCUUCCAGCAGGAAAGCCUACCUGUGCCGUGUCAGUGGACUUAUAUCACGCAGGUGAAUUUGUAUAGCAAAGAUGAAAUUGGAAACGGUGGCUGCCAAAUGCAGACAACGUACACAUCCAACAAGAGAAAAGCUGCUGGUAGUAUGCCGAUCACAAAAUUUAUGAAGAAGGCUAAGGCUUUAGUAACAGUCAGUGAUGUGAUAACAGAGUCGGAUGGCUUUCAGGCAGACACUGAAGAGGAUGAAGAUGACGAUGACUGUUUAGUUGUGGAACAAAUUGGAAAAGAGAAAAGCUCUCCAGGAUCCCCAUGCAGAAUGCAGAUAACUCUGAAAGAAACAGCGACUCAUGCUACGUAACAAGAUUGAAUAUGUAAUGUAAAUAUCUUGCCAUAUAUAUAGGGAUUAACAUCUAUAAACAAGUUUUAAAACUUUUUGUUAAAGAUUCAUACAGAUCUGAUUAAAAUAGAAAAACUUCAGCGCAUUUUUAAUGUUUUUUUUGUCUCUAAUAAAGCAGAAUUUAAAAUACA